AUGGCGGACCAACAGAAAGAACUCCGUUCACUAUCAGACGAGUAUGAAAAGCUUCAGGGCGAGCUCAACUCCCGCGUGCAGACUCGUCAGAAACUAGAGAGCCAGUUCACAGAGAACAAGGGCGUACAAAAGGAAUUCUCAAAUCUAGACGACGAGGCGAAGAUCUACAAAAUCGUAGGCCCAGUACUGCUGAAGCAGGAUACCACCGAAGCCAAGGGGACGGUGGACAGUCGGUUGGAGUACAUUGGGACGGAGAUCAAGCGGGUAGAAGAGACCAUUAAGGGCCUGCAACAGCAGAGCGAAGGAAAGAGGAAUGAGAUCAUGCGCAUACAGGCGACCAUGCAGCAGAGCCAGACCGCCGCGCCUGCGUAG